AUGAAAAAGGAAGCAAACAACAAUACAAAUAUGAAAUCUCAUGUCAAGAAUCAAAGGGGUGCUUCCAGUUUGGAGCUUCCACAGUUCAAGUCAAGCAAUGAAUUAUUGGCUAAGCGUUACAAAAUCAAGCGUGAGGAGGGAAUGGCCAAUCUUCAACAAACGAAUGCAUCUAUAACUAAAGUUGGAGCUCCUAGUAACAAACAAAAUCAGCCACCAACUACUCAACCGUUCAAGUUAUCUAUGUUUGCAACAACUGCGAAAACAAAUUUGAAUUCGAUUAAAGAGCCAGUCACGAAGCCUAAUCCAAAGAAAAAAAUUUCAGACAAUGCGAGUAGGACUCAACCUAAUGUUAUUGCUGAAAGGAGUGUAGAAAAGGAAGUUUCCAUGACAAAACACAAAGGGUUGAAGAUUCAAGAUUCAAAAGGGCAAAGUUUGGCUCAAGGUAGAGGACCGGUACCUACACAAAUUCAAGAGCCAAAGGAGCAGCCCAUGAAAAAAACAAUGAUUGAAGAUGGAUCAAUGGAAAGACAGCAAACUGGGAAAAACAAUUAUGUUGGAAAUGGUAGUUUGUUGGAUAUUGUCUUUAUGGGACAUCUACUUGUUAGAAAUGAAAAUGAUCAUGAUCAAGAUGAUGAUGAUCCUCAAGAUGAUGAUAAUCCUCAAGAUGAUGAUGAUGAUGCUGCUUAUGAUCAAGAAGAUAAUCUUGAUUGUUCUCAAAAUGAUCCUCAAGAUGAUGAAUUUCAAGAUGGUGAUGAAGACCAAUAUUGA